UUUCUUUGUAAGACAGCAACAAGUAAGGCAAACAUCGGUGAAGAAGAAAACCAUAACAAACCACUUUACAGCCCGACCACCGGACCGUGGGUGUACAGGGGGCAGCGUGGCUUGGCUCAUCUCAUAUGGAUGUAGUGUUGCACUAUAGAAGCAGCAAUGGUGUUGAUUUAGGUGACAUGGUCGUGUUUACCGAACGGGCGUUUGAGGAUUUCCCUCGUCGAGUACCGCCUGUGUUUGCGCCAUGGUUCCCUUCGCUUAACGUUGGACAUCUGCCCAUCAGACCUUUUAAGACACCACCAAUUAUCCGCGCUGAGGACAUCAGGGCGCUGUCGACUUUGGAACCGCAAUCUGCCGAACCCCUGCCUACUUGUGCGAGCAUAGGGAACGAAACCAGAGAGACAUCUCAGGAGAAUCAACAUGCAGGGGGUAGGCCUACAGAUGACGUUUGCGACACCCCAAGAGAUUCUGAAUGCGAUCAGAAAUUCCGGCGGUCAUGGACUGUCUUUUCCUCUGGAGUUAAAUUAUACAAAAACACUAAGACAUUCUCUCAAGCCUUUCAGAAAGUAAUCGAAAAACACAGACUUCAGAUACACCAAAGAGUCAAGUGGAUUAUUGAUCAGGUGAACUGUGAAUCAAGCCACAUCGAAAGCGUCUGGGUGAAAUUAACGCGUGCUGUGCGCCACUCUGAACUCCCAACGUGCAAUGCAAAUUUUCAGAGAAGAGCAGCACAAAUAUGGAUCUUCUGUGAUGUACUUUAUAGCGAGCACGUUGGAAACUUUGUUAAAACAGAGUUUAACCUAAACGGACAUAUACGCUUGGCAGUUCAUAAACAUGGGGUCAUUUUCACUUGUUGAUAUUGGACUCAAUUUAAGUGUCUGCAUUGUGUGCAGAAAUUCUGAAGUCUUAUUAUUAUUAUUAGUAGUAGUAGGCCUAGUGGUAGUUGAUGUUGUAAGGUAGCCUAUAAAAACAAAGCACAAACUGUUAUUUCAAAGACAUGAGCCAAGUUUAGUUAAAGACACACACACACACACACACACACACACACACACACACACACACACACACACACACACACACACACACACACACACGACACACACACACACCUGUAUGUAACAAACACUGAGUGGUCUGUUCCCUUAUAUGUUCAAAAUGUAUUGCUAAAUAUGCUACAGAUUUUACAGCUUUGGCAAUGGCUGUGCUACCAAACUAAAUUAAAUUUCUCAGAUGAACA